GUGCACGGAUCCGACCAUUGGGAAACCCUGGCUCCAGGCCCAGCUCCGCCUUCCCCUCCCCGGGCUUCCGUCUACCCUCCACGCACAUAGGAGCUUGAACACCUUGAUUCUGAAGUCCUUCCCCGCCCAAGACGUCCCGACUCGGCUCCCUUCCUUCUGCUCCUCUCAGGGGUGGAGGGUGCACGUGUGAGCGUGUGUAUCCACGUGUGAGCGUGUGUAGGAAAGGAAUGAAGCCAAGAGAGCCUCAAAGUCCGGCCUGGUGAUGCCUGAGCUGCAGAAGAGCCCGGAGCUGGCAGCCAUGGGGCCUGGGGCUUCGGGAAACUCAGGCAGCACUGCGACAGCCUCACGCUCGGCCCUGGGCUCCGGAGUCGGCCUGCACGCCUAUGACAUCGCAGUCCUGGUCGUCUACUUUGUCUUCGUCAUCGCCGUGGGGGUCUGGUCGUCCAUUCGUGCCAGCCGAGGGACCGUCGGCGGCUACUUCCUGGCCGGGAGGUCCAUGAGCUGGUGGCCGAUCGGAGCAUCUCUGAUGUCCAGUAAUGUGGGCAGUGGCUUGUUCAUUGGUCUGGCUGGGACAGGGGCCGCCGGAGGCCUUGCUGUCGGCGGCUUUGAGUGGAAUGCAACCUGGCUGCUUCUGGCCCUCGGCUGGAUCUUUGUUCCCGUGUACAUUGCCGCUGGAGUGGUCACAAUGCCUCAGUACCUGAAAAAGCGAUUUGGGGGCCAGAGGAUCCAAGUGUACAUGUCUGUCCUUUCUCUCAUCCUCUACAUCUUCACCAAGAUUUCAACUGACCUCUUCUCUGGAGCCCUCUUCAUCCAGAUGGCCCUGGGCUGGAACCUCUACCUCUCCACAGCGAUCCUGCUGGUGGUAACGGCCGUCUACACCAUCACAGGGGGCCUCAUGGCCGUCAUCUACACAGACGCCCUGCAAACGGUGCUCAUGGUGGGGGGAGCCCUGGUCCUCAUGUUUCUGGGCUUUCAGGAAGUGGGCUGGUACCCAGGCCUGGAGCAGCGGUACCAGCUGGCCAUCCCUAAUGUCACGGUUCCCAAUACCACCUGUCACCUCCCCCGGCCUGACGCCUUCCACAUGCUCCGGGACCCUGUGAAUGGGGACAUCCCGUGGCCGGGCCUCAUUUUCGGGCUUACGGUGCUGGCCACCUGGUGCUGGUGCACGGACCAGGUCAUUGUGCAGAGGUCUCUCUCCGCCAAGAGUCUGUCCCACGCCAAGGGAGGCUCCGUGCUGGGGGGCUACCUGAAGGUCCUGCCCAUGUUCUUCAUCGUCAUGCCUGGCAUGAUCAGCCGGGCCCUGUACCCGGAUGAGGUGGGUUGUGUGGAGCCUGACGUCUGCCAAAGACUCUGUGGAGCCCGUGCGGGGUGUUCCAACAUCGCCUACCCCAGGCUGGUCAUGGGUCUCAUGCCCGUGGGUCUGCGGGGCCUGAUGGUCGCCGUGAUCAUGGCUGCCCUCAUGAGCUCACUCACCUCCAUCUUCAACAGCAGCAGCACCCUGUUCACCAUUGACGUGUGGCAGCGCUUCCGCAAGAAGGCAACAGAGCAGGAGCUGAUGGUGGUGGGCAGAGUGUUUGUGGUGUUCCUGGCCGUCAUCAGCAUCCUCUGGAUCCCCGUCAUCCAACGCUCCAACAGCGGGCAGCUCUUCAUCUACAUCCAGUCCAUCACCAGCUACCUGGUCCCGCCCAUCACCGCCCUCUUCCUGCUGGCCAUCUUCUGCAAGAGGGUCACAGAGCCUGGUGCCUUCUGGGGCCUCCUGUUCGGCCUGGCGGUGGGGUUUCUGCGCUUGGUCCUGGAGUUCUGCUUCCCAGCCCCCGCCUGCGGGGAGGCGGACCGGAGGCCGGCCGUGCUGAAGGACUUCCACUACCUCUACUUUGCCCUCCUCCUCUGCGGGCUCACCGCCCUUGUCAUCGUCGCCGUCAGCCUCUGCACGACCCCCAUCCCCGAGGAAAAGCUGGCUCGCCUGACGUGGUGGACGCGGCACCAGCCCUGCUUGGAGCUGGAGAAGGAGGCCCGGGAGGACGCAGCAGGGACAGCGGCCGUGCCGUCCGGCGGGGGCCCUGCAGAAGCUGGAGGGGCAGGCGACCCCAGCCAGGGCCUGGAGCAGCUUGGAGCCCCACACAGGUCCUGGGGACAGCUGCUCUGGGGCUGGCUGUGUGGGCUCUCGGGGACCCCGGAACAAGUGCUGAGCCCCGCCGAGCAGGCCGCCCUGGAGCAGAAGCUGAGCAGCAUUGAGGAGCAGCCGCUCUGGAGAACCGUCUGCGACGUCAACGCCGUGCUCCUGCUGGCCGUCAACAUCUUCCUCUGGGGCUACUUUGCCUGACUCCAAAGCCGGGACAAACUCGACAGCCAGGCCUGGCCGGCCAGAGACACCCUUUCCCUCCACCUCGCUGUCCAAACUGAGACCCCAGAGACCAGACUGCAGGACCCCGGUACAGUCCCCGGCCAGGCCGCACGUGGACGGGGGAGCCUUGAGGCCCAGAGAGGGCCCUGGGCCUUCCGGGGGCCACACAGCAGGACUCGCCCUUGGUCCCCUGGCUCCAGCUCUCUCCACCAUAGGACCUUUCAUGCCUACCUCAAAACACCGCUUCCGCCUCCUGGCGGGUCUGUUCAGGUGGUUUUACUUUACGUGCGUCGUGAGGUGAAAAAAGUGGAAGCUACAAGAAGAGGCAAGAAAGCUGCAGAAAUCCUCGUGCCUCUCUGCUCACCAGUGUCCCUUCCCCACCCGCCUCUCCCUCCUCCACUCUCUGGCUCCCGAGCCCGGCCAUUGAUUUCCAGACGGAAUCUCCCAAGGAGGGCUUGUCCUUGUCUUGGCGGCUCAGCGGUGGGGGCUGUCAGAGCAGAAGGCAGGAGGGACCCGGUGGAGGGUGAGCACAAGCGCCGGGCGCUCUCCUGGGUCCCUCGGAUCUGCCUCUUCUCCCCUCAAAUCUAAAUACACAAGUCUCAGGCCUUGAGGAACGUGGAGAGCAGCUGGAGAGACAUGACUUGUUGGAGUCAAGAGGAAUCAAGACGGGCCGCCCUGUGCCAGGAGCAGCCCGGUUGAGAAGCCCCCGCAGCUGGGCCCAUGCCCACCUCUUGCUCUGCCUGCCCGGCAACCACCUACCCUAGGACACACCACCACCUCGCCUGGGUGUCUCUCCAACCAGGAAGCUGCCCCGUGCCCACGAUGGGGUGGAGGUCCCACCCCCUCUCCCACAUCCUCUGGACCCGCUUCUGUGUAGCCACGGAUCCCUGUGCUGUAAAGUUUUCCUCCUUGAUGGAGCCUGCCAGGGGCCGGGGACCAAGGGUUGUGACUUGGUACCCAGAACGUAACAGGCAUGGCUUUAGCAACAGUAAAUGUUGGGUGAGCACUUCUCCAGGGUCCUGGUAGGCUUUGCACUGGAGGGUCCUGAGCCAGCUAGUGAGGAAGAAUCUCCUUCAGCUGGAGUUUACACGCCGAGUCUCAGCUGUCUAGACCACCUCCCCGUCCCAUUGCCAAAGGCACCUUGAGAAUGUCCCUUCCUUUCCCAGCUCUCCAUCUGGGCCGUCGCUGUUCUCAUGGGAGCCUCUUUAAUGCUGCCUUCGAGCCUCGCUUUAUACUGAUCGCUCAUCGUAGUUAAAUACAAAGAAAAUUCUUGUUGGGGGGUUAAAUACAACUAAGUCUAUGAAUAAUA